GCCUAAAAUACAAUGGCGAUUUUAUGCACAUUAAACCUUUGUGUCUGAUAAAGUAUACAAAUAGUCUUUUUUCGAGCACAACCCACCAAAUUAGGAAAAGUUACAUUUUCAGAACAUAACAAGAUCCGUGCAGACGGUUAGGUUUGGAGAAGUCAGCAUUAGUUCUGAUCCAUUCGAUUUGACAUUUCAGAAACGGGAGGAAAGACAAGCCCAUACAAUGGAAGCUCUCCAAACCAGGAAUAUUGAGAACCUGACUCUCACAUUAAAGAAACAUAUCAAUACAGGGAUGUUGGAUGUCCGGGGUUGUACACUGUUACCUGAUGGUGGGAUGGUAUUCUCUUCUUUUGGCGGAAGCAGAGUUAUCGUAAUGACAUAUGAUGAUAAGACUUCAGACAUGUUAAAACAUUUCAAAAUAGAUAAAUUUGGUAGUACGUGUGAUGUAAUAUCAAUUGGUAAUGAUUCAAUUGCAGUUACAUCUGGUGACUCAUACGAAAUUAAUAUAAUCGACAUAAAGAACAACAAACUGAAAGAAACAAUAAAAUUAAAGUCAUUCAAUUAUGGAGUGGCAUACAAAGAUGGACAAUUGAUUUAUAGUGCCAGGGAAAAAGGACUACAGGCGAUUAGUCUUAGUGAUAAAUCCAUUACUGAUAUUACCAAUAUCCGACUCCCAGGCUUUGCGUAUGUUACAAUAUUCAAUGACAAACUUUUUUUCACAAACACUAGCAAUCACAGUGUAACAUGUUGUGAUUUCCAUGGUAACCUACUGUGGAUGUUCUAUGAUGAAAGUAUUCUGACAUCCCCACUGGGUAUUUCCGCAGACAAUGAUGGUAACGUGUUUGUAGUGGGAUUCGGUACUAAUAAUGUGGUCGCCAUCUCUCCUGAUGGACAACGUUACAGACAACUUUUAUCACGUGAUGAUGGACUGAUGAAUCCAACAGUUCUGCACUAUGACACAUCUACUAAUAAGUUAUUAGUCGCAAAUUUCCGUGAAGAGGCGUUUGUGUUCCAAGUUCAAUGAAUAUUGUUUUCAGUAUAAACUUACCACAAACAAAAGAUUUCAUUGUGCUAGGUUAAUGACUAGAUUUUAUAAUAAAAUACUUGCUUUGCUCUGA